UACAAGAACAUAUCAGCGAGCGAUUCGAUCAGAUCAAUCAAACAAACAAACAAACAAUGGCUUCUUUACCCACCAUACUGAUGAAACCCGCCAUGUUCAACUUCUCCAAGGUUUCUUCUUCUUCUUCUUCUAACGGGGUACUACUACUCAACCGCAAAGUCUCUAGAAUCUUCCUCACCAACAACAGCAACCUCAACUCCAAUUCCUUCUCCCACAGGGCUAGACUAGAAUCGGCUAAAAGCAGCAGUAGCGGUAGCAGUAGCGAGGAUGAUGUGGAAGCCAUUGUGCAGAAAGCGAAAGAGAGUGGCAGCGAUAUGAUAGAUUGGGUUAAAGAGAAAACAGAGGAAGGGAAAGAUAAGGCCAAUAGUACAGCAGAGGCGGCCUCUGAACGUACCAAAGAGGGCGUCGAGAAGGCUAAGAGUGCAAUGGAAAAUGCGGCCCAGCAGACAAAAGAAACUGCGAGUAAGGCUUCGGAGAAGGCAGGGGAAGUUGUAGAGGAUGUGAAGGAGAAGGCGGGGGAAGUGAAGAACAAGGUUGGAGAAAAUGUAGAGGAUAUGAAGGAGAAGACUAAGAGUGCAAUGGAAAAUGCGGUCCAACAGACAAAAGAAACUGCGAGUGAGGCUUCGGAGAAGGCAGGGGAGAUGGUGGAGAAGGCGAAGCAGACGGCGCAAGGGGCGUGGGAGGAGACUAAAGAGACUACUAACAAGAUUAAGGAGACGGUUAUAGGGAAAGCAGAGGAAUAGAAGGAUUAGCUAAUUGAGGACCAUGUUGGCGGCGGCGCCGCCGGAAGAGUAGCCGGUGUUUGAUCGGUGCUAGCAAUACCCCCAAUAACAUGCAUUAUCCUAUCCUAUCCUAUCUCCUAUUGUUUCUUUAUUAAUAAGUUACUUUUAUGUUAAUAUGUACCUCUUAACUUCCAUCUCAUUGCCUGUUUCAGAUAAUGAGACAAUUAAUGUGCUCUUUUUUAUACAAGAUUUGGCUUAUGGUA